AUGUCUGUUAAGAGACUGAUGUUUUUGUUAGGAGGCGCAUCUGGUAUUGGCCUAGCCAUAGUAGAGCUUCUUGCUCAAUCUUCAAACAAAUUUGCCAUCUUAGAUAUCUCUCUCGCGGCGGCAGAGACGCAAAUCAGAAGCUUGAGGUCAAGAUACCCAACCUCGACCUUUAGCUUUUACGCUUGCGAUAUUUCCAACUGGGAAGAGCAAGCUUCUGCUUUCAAAAAAGCAUACCGAGAUAUGGGGAGCAUUGAUAUUGUUUUUGCAAAUGCGGGAGUUGUUGAAAUCGGCCAUUUCCUGCAAACAAACAACGACGAGCCUGCAAAACCAAAUCUGAAAACUUUGGACGUCAACCUUGUUGGGACAUUGUACAGUAAGUCACUGCAGCCGACCGCCUAAAUGUCGUGACUUUGCUGAUAUGGCAAAAGCCGUGAACUUAGCUGUUCAUUACUUCCGAAAAAAUCAAGCUAUACAAUGCAAAGGUUCAAUAAUUUGUACAUCGUCAAACGCAGGACUUUAUGAAUUUCCAUUUGCACCAAUACAUUCGGCUUCUAAACACGGUGUUGUUGGCCUAGUUCGGUCAUUUGCUGCGCCUCUUGAACGAGAAGGGAUACAGAUCAACUGCAUUUGUCCAAAUGUCAUCCGUAUGUGAAUGCAUUAUUUCCUAUUUGAAAUGUUUUAUCGACAAUAUGCGGGCACCGCUCUGGGCGAUAACAAGUUAUUGGAAGUAAUGAAGAUUACUCCCAUGAGUGUUGCAAUGGACGCCAUUGUUGAGUUUCUAAUUAAGCCCAUACUCACGGGUCGUGUGGCUGAAAUCAGCGGGGAUAGAUUCACAUUUAGAGAAGCGCCAGAAUGGGUUGAUGCGAUUACGAAGGAGAAUUCGGAGGCGUUCUGGGCCUCCAUUAAGGGUCAUACCAAAGAACUGUCAGAUGUCAUUACUUCUAGAUCUUGA